AUGGCGUCUUCUGGAGAUAAUUCUGUUCUCUCCGAUGCAGAAUGGCUUGUUAUGCGAGCAAGAGGAUAUGCCAAAACAGAUCCAUGGGCUGCAAAAGCAUGGUUGAUAACUGCUCGAACUCUAUUCCCUGGCUCCUUUCUCAUUCAGUUUGAAUCCUACCAGAUAGAAAAGGCUGCUAAAAAUAUUAAAGAUGCUGCAUCACAUCUUGAAGACAUGCUGAAAAACUUCCAGAAUGAAGCCAGCUUAUGGAAUGAAGUUCAGUCUAUUUUGGGAGCUUUACAGAAAGAGACAGCAGAUUCUCAGAGCAGUUUUUUGACAGAGAUAUUUGCUGCUAUACCAACACAUGUACAGUGUCAGAUGUUAUUGUCUGUAGCUGAUAAAAUAGGGGAUGUCUUAGAAAGAUGUAGGCUCUUGUUAUUAGCUAUGAAGAAAUUUCCUAAUCUUGUUGUGGAACAUGGGUUGAAGUUGAUAGAAAUGCUGUCAAUAGAAGAAAGUAGAGCUAGAUUAUCUGUAGUGAACUGUUAUAGAAAACUAUUCGUGUGUGAUAUUCUGCCAUUAGUGUUACAGAAGAAUCGGCCUAUGACCAUACCUACUAUACAGCUCUUUAUCUGGCUACAGAGAGCUGUAGAGUUUUAUAUCAGUUUUAUUACACAACCAAAUACAAUGGACACACCUCUUUCUCCUGAUAUGAUGUCCCCAACGAAAGCUUUAUCUAAGAAAAUAAUCAACAUACCAGGUCUACUGGAGAGAGAAAGUCAGAUAUUAGACCCUUGGGGUAACUUAUUCCGUUUGCUACAGUUAGUUGGUACACAUGCUGGUUGGGAGAUGGAACCAGAUGUCUUUACAAAGUCACGUGAUUACCAAUGGCAGUAUUUAUUAAGCCUGUAUAAUCGUUAUAAGACUGGAGGUAUAACAGAUGAAAAGAGAAAACAGAUAUUAUAUACUUGUACUAUAUUAUUUCUACAAUGUUUAUAUUCCUAUGUUAGCCAUGUAGAUGCUGACAACUUUGCUGGAGUAUUUAGUUCUACAGGAUUAACUGCCCCUGUUGUAUUAUUGGAAGGCUUUAGAUCUGAUAAUGACGACACCUCUUCACAACCACAAGUAAAAAGACUAAGACAAGAUAGAUCUCAACCUAACAUACAACCUAGUGCAUCCAUUCACAAUUCAUCUAAUAUUAUACAGAACUUUCUCACUGCUUUUAAAUGUUUUGAAUUACUUCAUUCGUCAGAUGAACUUCGAAGAGAAUUUAUUACCUUAUGUCAAAACUGGCAAAUGGAAACCUGGUCUUGGAUGGGACAUUUUCAAACGGAUAUGUUUCUGUAUCAGGGAUUGCAUCAAAAGGCAGUGGCACAAAUUCAGAAUUUUAUUUUGGCGUCUAAAGAGAAAAUGAAGACUAGGAUGUCUUUACAGUUGUCUUGCUGUUUUUACUGUCUUGGAAAUUUUUCUAAAGCCUGUGAAGUCGUCAUGGAUACAAUAGAGUUUCUAGAAAUGCCAAGUGAGAUUGAAGAGGUUAAGGACAAUGUUGUUGUAUCAGGUCAAGGUCGUCAGUUAUUAUUAUUACAAUGUUUAGACAAUGAGAUAUUGCCCUACUGUAUACAGUUAUUAAUUACAUGUAUUAAGGAAAAGGCAUUUUCAUCACUUAGCAACGAUAUGUUACUAGGUCACUUACUGAUUUUACUACAAUAUGAUUGGCCGAAACAAGAUGAAUUAUUUAAUGACAUCAUCAAAAAAAUACGAACUCAAGGCUCUUUCACUUACAAUUUAUUCUUUCAUUAUGUUUAUUGUAUUGAUAUUUUAGAAGAAUUUGCUCUAUUAGAUACUCAAGAAGGUGGAAGAGUCAACCUAGAUAUUAUGUCUGUCAGUACGAAAGCUAUUUCACAGCAAAGAACAGUAACACGAGGGUUAAACAAGGGAGUGAAAGAAGAUUUUAGGGCAACUUUAGAAAAACAGGUUCAAAAUCUAGGAGAACCAAUUCCAAACGUGAUUCAUCGAUUUCUGAAAGACGAAAGGGACUUAAUUAUUAAAAAUUUGUGAUAUCAAG